CGCGCCCGAAGUCAGCGCUUUGAACCCCGGGUACCGGGAAUCCGGAAGCACCCUAAGUGGGGAGCUCCGGAGACGCCCCGAGUAGGCACCGCAGCGACCGGAAGUGCCUGGAAAGGAGGGCCCGAGACCGGAGUGCCCAGAAUCCGGAGCUCCCGGAACCGGGCGGAUCCUCUGGCAGCAUCCACAGUCCCAGAGGUCUCAGUCAAUAGACAGCCAACACCAUUUCUCUAUGACCAAGGUGAAGCAGAACAUUAUGGCAGAAAUGUGUGGAAGAGGACAUUGAAAAUCAGGAAGCAGAGAGAACUAAAUUUGGCUCACCAAAGACAAAGGAUGACUGUGGGAAUCUUUGUAAAUUGUACCUUCUGUUUGAAAGUCAAGUACUUACCUCGUCAGCAGAGGAAAAAGCUACAAACUGACAUUAAGGAAAAUGGUGGAAAUUUUUCCUUGUUAUUAAAUCCUCAGUGCACACACAUAAUCUUAGAUAACGCUGAUAUUCUUAGUCAGUAUCAACUGAAUGCUAUUCGAAAGAAUCAUGUCCAUAUUGCAAACCCAGAUUUUAUAUGGGAAUCAAUCAAAGAAAGGAGACUCUUGGAUGUGAAAAAUUAUGAUCCUUGUAAUUCAUGUGACAUCAAGCCAUCUCUUGAUGAAAAGGCAAGCAGUUCUGAAGUGAAUACAGAUGAUCUAUUCCUGGACAAUGCCUCUGAGAAGACAAAUGUGGAACACACUGAGUUUUAUGCAGAAGAUGAUGAAAUGCCUUAUUUUCCUCAAGAUUUUGAGGUUGCGAAAUACAACACCUUAGAAAAAGUAGGAACAGAUGGAGGCCAGGAAACAGCUGUGGUGGAGCUGCAGUGCUCCUUGGAACCUGCGGAUUGUCCUUUUCUGGUAUCUGCACACUUCCUCCUGGCUGAUGGUGUGCAGACCAGAAGACAAUUCACUAUAAAGAAAACCUCGGCAGAUGCAAGUGAAUAUUAUGAAAAUUACCUUGAAGAGCUGAAAAAUCAAGGAUUUCUGCUCAGAGAACAUUUUACACCUGAAGCAACAAAAUUAGCAUCUGAAAAACUGCAAGCAUUGCUUUUGGAGGAGGUCAUUAGUUCAAGCCCUCUCAGCCAGGAGGUCAGUGAUUUGGUGGAGAUGAUUUGGGCAGAAGCUCUGGGCCACCUGGAACACACACUUCUCAAGCCAGUGAAUAGGAUUAGCCUCAAUGAUGUGAGCAAGGCAGAGGGGAUUAUCCUUCUAGUAAAGACAGCAUUGAAAAAUGGAGAAACAGCAGAACAAUUGCAAAAGAAGAUGACUGAAUUCUACAGAUUAAUACCUCACAAACAUCCAGUAACUGAAGAAGUUAACCUGAGACUACUAGCUAAGAAAGAGGACCUCUGUCAGCUAAUAAGAGACAUGGUUAAUGUCUGUGAAACUCAUUUGUCCAAACCCAACCCACCUUGUCUUGCCAAAUACCGAGCUCUGAGAUGCAAGAUUGAGCAUGUUGAACCAAAUACUAAAGAAUUUUCCUGGGUUAAACAAGAGGUAUUACAGAAUUACCACAGUAAAAGUUCAGUAGGUAUCUUGCAGAUAUUUAGAGUUGGCAGAGUGAAUGAGGCCACAGAGUUUGUGAGCAAACUUGGCAAUGUGAGGUCCUUGCUGCAUGGAUCUCCUGUGCGAAACAUUGUAGGAAUCUUGUCCAGAGGGUUACUUUUACCCAAAGUAGUUGAAGAUCGUGGCGUACAAAGAACAGACAUUGGAAAUCUUGGGAGUGGGAUUUAUUUCAGUAAUUCACUCAGCACAAGCAUAAAGUACUCACAACCAGGAGAAACAGAUGGCUCCAGACUCCUGGUCAUCUGUGAUGUAGCCCUUGGAAAGUGUAUGGACUUAUUCAAGAAGGACUCCUUAACCGAAGCACCACCUGGCUAUAACAGUGUGCAUGGAGUUUCAAACACAGCCUCUAUCCCCACGGAAUUUGAGGAUGAUGAAUUUGUUAUAUAUAAAACCAAUCAGGUUAAAAUGAAAUAUAUUGUUAAGUUUUGCAUGCCUGAAGAUCAAAUAAAGGAUUUUCAUCCUUGUCAUAAUACUGAAUUUGAGGAAUACAGACCCAAGUUUUCAACUUUUUCAAAGGUUGAAGAUUACCAGUUACCAGACACCAACCCUUCCAGCAAUGUCAAGGCUGGCCUUCAGGAUGUUUCUGGGAAUUUGAUUCCUCUUGAAGAUGUUCACAUCAAGGGGAGAAUAAUGGACUUCAUAGCCCAGGUCAUUGUUUUUCAGACAUACACAAAUCAAAGUCAUGUGCCCAUUGAAGCAAAAUAUGUCUUUCCUUUGGAUGAUAAGGCAGCUGUAUGUGGCUUUGAGGCAUUUGUCAAUGGGAAGCACAUAGUAGGCGAGAUUAAAGAGAAGGAAGAAGCCCAGCAAGAAUACCGGGAAGCUGUCAGUCAAGGCCAUGGUGCUUACCUCAUGGAUCAGGAUGCGCCGGAUAUUUUUACUGUAAGUGUUGGAAACUUACCCGCUCAGGCCAAGGUUCUCAUCAAAAUCACCUACAUUACGGAACUUAGCAUCCAAGGCUCUGUUGCUGUCUUCUUCAUGCCUGCCACUGUAGCACCCUGGCAACAGGACAAGGCUUUAAAUGAAAACCUUCAGGAUAAAGUAAAGAAGAUUUGUGUAAAGGAAAUUGGAACAAAGCAAAGCUUCUCCUUGACCAUGUCUAUUGAAAUGCCAUACACAAUUGAAUUCCUUUCCAGUGAUACACAUGAACUGAAAAAAAAGAGCACUGACUGCAAAGCUGUGAUUAGCACCCUGGAAGGCAGCUCCUUAGAUAGCAGUGGAUUUUCUCUUCACAUCACUUUGUCUGAUGCAUAUCUCCCAAGAAUGUGGGUUGAAAAACAUCCAGAAAAAGAAAGUGAGGCUUGUAUGCUUGUCUAACCCAAUCUUGAUGCCACUCUCCCUGGCCUGGCUCACAAGAAUGAAGUAAUUAUUUGUCUUGAUUGUUCCAAUUCCAUGGAGGGUGAGACAUUUGUGCAAGCCAAGCAAAUUACCUUGUAUGCACUAUCCUUAGUGGAUAAGAAGCAAAAAGUAAACAUUGUACAAUUUGGCACAGGUUACAAGGAGUUGUUUUCAUAUCCUAAGUACAUCGAGAGCAAUGAUGUACCAACAGAGUUCAUUAUGUCUGCUACACCUACAAUGGGGAACACAGACUUCUGGAAAAUGCUCCGGUAUUUAAGUUUGCUGUACCCUUCUCAAGGGUUACGAAACAUUCUCCUCAUAUCUGAUGGGCACCUCCAGAAUGAGAGUCUGACAUUGCAGCUUGUGAAAAGAAAUGUCCAUCAUACCAGAUUGUUCACCUGCGGAGUGAGUUCUACAGCAAAUCGCCAUGUCUUAAGGACUUUGUCUCAGUGUGGUGCUGGAGUUUUUGAAUAUUUUAACUCAAAAUCAAAACAUAGUUGGAAAAAACAGAUAGAAGACCAAAUGACCAGGUUAUGUUCCCCAAGUUGCCACUCUGUCUCUGUUAAAUGGCAGCAACUUAGUACAAAUGCACCCGAGCCCCUGCAGGCUCCAGCCCAAGUGCCAUCUUUGUUCCACAAUGAUCGACUCCUUAUCUAUGGAUUUAUUCCUCAUUGUACACAGGCAACUCUCUAUGCACUAAUUGAAAAGAAGGAAUUUUGUACAAUGGUAUCAACUACGGAUCUUCAGAAAACAACUGGGACGAUUAUUCACAAGCUGGCAGCGCGAGCUCUGAUCAGAGAUUAUGAAGAUGGCAUUCUCCACGAAAAUGAAACCAGCCAUGAGAUGAAGAAACAAAUCUUGAAAUCUCUGAUUAUUAAACUCAGUAAGGAAAACUCCCUUAUAACACAAUAUACAAGCUUUGUGGCAGUUGAGAAAAGGGAUGGUAACGACUCACCUUUUCCUAAUAUUCCAAAUAUUCCUGAACUUAUUGCCAAAGAAGAUGUAGACUUUUUGCCAUAUAUGAGUUGGCAAGAGGAGCAACCAGAGGCUAGCAUGCCACAGCCUUUUUCAACAUCCUCUGAAUGGAACGAAGAACCACUACAUAAACAUUUGACUAAAAAGAAAAAAAAAAUCAAGUCAUCUACAUUGGAAGUUUCUGAAGAUUCUGAAGUGGCAGAUUUGGGUUUGCAACAAGUGGCACAAUCUUUCACACUCAGUUUUAAAGGUAGAGGUGUGGAAAAGCCAUUGAAUUUAAGCCAAAUGGAUUCACUUAAACAAGCAGGAUUUGAAAGAUCAUCAAAGAAAGUCACAAGGCAAAAACUGUCUGUUCCUACUUUGGCUUCUGCAGUGCCUAGUUCGCUCCCUUUCCCGGCUGGUGGCAAGAUCGGUUUUGCUUCCCUCUCUGCUCCCAACGUACCUCCUCAGAAAAGCUCUCUUUUUGGUUCUUUUACACCUCCCAAACAGUUUGACCAACCUAAGUAUAACCAAGACCUAAAGCCUGGCCGUCGCACCAAAAUUUCCUUUGGUUUGGGGUCUCUGCCCAGAUUUCCUUCUCAGGAACCACCUUUGAGACCAUCUAGGAAAUGCUUUAGAUCAAACAACUUUUGUCUAGAUAAACCUUAUCAAGAUAAUAUGAGCCUUUUACCUGGCAUCUCCCCUGACCUGGUUUCUCCUCCCCUGCCAACUUCCUCUCCUCCUACAUUUGUUUCUCCUUCUCGUCUCACUAAAGAUUUUGAUUUUCGUCCUCCCUAUCGUCCUUCUUUUUAUCAUUUUCAAAAUUCCCCAAUCCCUCAGAUCAUUGAUUACAGGUCAACAAUGGAUAAACCUAUUCUGGCUUCUUCCCCAUCAAAUUCAUCUGCCCGUCUCGCAUCAUCAGAUUCUUUCGAAGCAUGUUAUUUAACUCUCUCGAGUUCUGAAAAUUUUUUUGAAAUACUACGUGAUGAAACACCAGUACAUCUACAAUGUGGAUUUUUGAACAGGGAGGAAAAAUCUGAUAUAACAGGUGACUUUUUCUCAAGCUUUCAUUCACAGGAAGAUAAGGAUGAUAUAGACUGUGAACAAAGCUGGCAGAAUUUUGUGCUAUGGACUAAACUAUUCAGUCUGCAGACUGAGGAUGGAUUCUGGAAACUUACAUCAGAACUAGGACUUAUAUUAAACCUUAAUACAAAUGUUUUACAUGAGUUUCUCGAACAAAAAGGCAUUCGAUCUUUAGGUAUAAAAGGAAGAGAAUAUCUCCUGUACCUGAUUGCCACAUUGCUGGUACUACAGUUUCGCACCAGGUUGGAACAAGGAGGAAUGGUCUUCAAAUCUCUGAUGAAAUUGGAUGACCCUUCCACUUCCAGGAAUAUUCCCUGGGAUUUUGAGAAAAUAAAGAAAGCAAGUGAAUGGGUCAGAAGAAUGGAAGGACAGUAUUCAUCUAUCUGCCAACGGCUUGAACUAGGAAAAGACUGGGACUCAGCCACUAAGCAGCUCCUGGGAAUUUGAUCACCAGCCACCAUUUCUCCUCUUCAUUAUAGUCAAGGCUGAAUCCAAUUAAAUUGUUUUUUAAACUUUACUCACAUUUCUGUGUCAAAAAUAAUCAAAUAUUAAUAGGCAUCUACUAGGACAUUUAAGUUAUGACUUUUUUCAGUAUAGCAAUCAAUCCCUUUAAAAUAAAUGGAAGCAGAACUGAUUAUUUUAACUAACAAUCAAUAAUAAAAUGAAAAUUACAAUAUUGGA